AUCUGUAUUGGCUGGAGACUUUUUUGCUUUCCAGAGCGCACUUGCCUCUUUAAAGAACCCUGAGGCUUGUAUCGGAGCUAUUGAUGGUACACAGAUUGUAAUAGCUAUAUCUGAGGAAGAUCAAAAUGCGCCAUCGAGGAAGAAAGGAAAUACCAACUACAAAUGUUUUAGCAGUUUGUGACUUUAACUUGCUAUUCACAUAUGUGCUAACUAGAUGGGAGGGAUCAGCACAUGAUUCACUCAUAUUCCUUGACACGAGGAACAAUCCAACCCUUAAUUUUCUGAAACCACCAACAAAUACGUUAUUCUUUAAAGGGCCGGUACAAAAUUGUUUUUUUGAAACAAAUUUGCACGAGUCAAAGAAAAAUUUGGUACGUUUCUUGCAUGAGUUCUGUACUUCAAGUAAAAGCCUGCAGAUGGUCCAGCAGCUUCGACUCUUCAAGUAUAUACCAUUUUGAAGUUUUAUGUUGAUUUGUAUUUUUAUUUGCAUACAGAUGGUCCUGCG